CCCUGACCCGACACGUCAUCAUCCGGUACCAUCGUCAGUAUAGGGAAGGAAGAACUGAAGUGAAAGCCUUUAGCUUGAAUCCCAGCAAAAAACAGACACAGACGACGAGGAAAUGGCAGACAGGAACUCUGUGGUUACAGGCACGUAUAGAAUUGGUCCCAAUUAUCGUCAUACUGCUCACAUAGCCACCAGGUGUCUCUUCCAAGAAACAAGGAAGCGAUUUCUCCACUUCCGGCUUCACUGGUUUGUAUAAAUAGCCUGCCCAUGUCUUAGGGGCGCCCAUGCUGGCUGUGCCUAACAUUGGAACCAAAUCGCCCCAACUGUCGUUCCGUGACAACGCCCAGUUUAGAAGUGAUAAGACGCACCAUGUCUAUCUUCACCUCCUUCGUCUUGCUCAGCAGUCUGGUAGCGCUUGGUGCAACUCAAAGGGCGCCUUCCCCUGAGGAGAGUCUCCUAACGUCAGAAAUUCCAGUCGAAAUCCAAAGGCUGUUGCGAAAUGUCACCAGCUACGAGGAGUUGAAGGCUACCUUCAACCUGGACAUCUUUACCGCCGAGGAUGACCGCUUCUCGUUGACCGGACCUCCGCCGUGCAUUCCCCGGGAGAUGCCGGUCCCAGUGCCGCUGGACGCCGAGCCUAACGUGGUCCUUUGGCCGUCCUGUGUCUCGGUGGCACGGUGUGGGGGGUGCUGUAACAGCGACUUGUAUGAAUGCCAAGCCUCCAGGUCAAGUUCCCAAGUGUUUUCGGUCUUGAAGUUGUUCUACUCGCCCGGAAACCCGUCUUCACAGCCUUUCAACAACGCGUUCGACCAAGUCCAAGUUGAACGUCACGACCAGUGCGCAUGCGUCUGCAAGAACAAACACCUUUGCGACCUGAGAACCCACUUUUUCGAUGACAACACUUGCGACUGUGUAUGCCGUCAUCGUGGGGGGUGCGUACUUGGUGCAGUGUCAGACGACUCCUGCAGCCGCCAGUGCCCCUCUGGGUGGAAGCUUGACGAAGACGCCUGUCAGUGUCGACUGGACGGAAGAGCACUCUUCGGUAGUUUGGGACGCCGGUGAGCGGGAACAGUAUCAGCCCAUGUUUGUGUCAGAGUGACUAAGCCUCAGCAUUCGUUGUGAAAAAGAUUAGCUUUGACCUUGUAAAGGCGUGCAGACACGCAUCGUAUUUAUCUCAGGUG